AUGACCUCUGUCCAACUACCUGGGCCGGGUCAGCCGACGGAAACGCGUUUGGGCUCUCCAGGAUGUUCUCAGCCAGGUCUGGCAGCGACUAAGAGGAAGCAGACUUCACCCCGCUGGCAUUCGUCUCCCUCGAAGACUCUGAUGAGGAGUGAGUCUCACCUCUCCACUAACGGCACCCACUCAUCAUCACACUGCACAAAGGGAAGAAGGCGGUUGCACACUGAGCACCUUCACCUACCCUGCACACUUCUCCACUACUGCACUUCAGCCAAUAAAAGAAUCCUCCAGGGAGGGACGGAGGGCACCAGACACAUGCUGGUGUUUGCAGGGGUACUUUUUGACACCGAUAACGAGCACAAGCGAUUGAAGAACGUUCUGACAGGUUUGUCAUUCAGACAUCAACAAAAUCACGUGGUGCGUCUGGCAGGACUGGAACAUGGGCUUCACUUCACUGCGCUGGACAGCAAGAUUUACAUGCGCAGUUACAAAGUGUUGCUGAAGAAGUCCGGCUGUCGGACACCCAGGAUUGAGCUGGAGGAAAUGGGACCUGCAUUUGACUUUGUGCUAAGAACUCACAUGGCCUCUGAUGACCUGUACAGAACCGCACAUAGACAGCCGAAGGGCCUGAAGCCCAAGAAGAAGAACAUCUCCAAUGAUGCCUUCGGCAGCAGAUUUGGCCGCUUGCACAUGCAGAGGCAGAAUCUGGACAAACUACAGACACGCAAGAUGAAGGGCCUGAAGAAGAGGAGAGGUCACGGCAGAGACCACAUCACCCAAAAAAAGAUGAAUAAAACAAACUGAGACUUUCACACUGUGUGGUUGAGGAAUAUCAACCUUGAUUUCCCUCAGAUCAAACUAACUUCCAAGCUAAUGCAAAAUACAGUUCACCUAUAAGAUGGCAGUAUCGCCCAAUUAUUUUUACAAUUCUGGCUCUUUUUACUGUUUUUAUCUGUAAGACAGUAUUUGCAUUGGAAAAGAUUGCAUUGAGUGGUUAGCAUGGUCUCCCUACACCAAAACAUACAUACAUUGAUCAGCUGCCACCUAAGCAGUUAACGUAAAGAACAUUUCAUUGCA